GAGCUUCUACACACGCUACGGUCAGGGGGGCCAGCAGUACGGAAUCUCUACAACAUACGUGUACAUUUAAGCCGUACAGGGGGAAAAAACAUGUUUUUCUGCCACUGUUGGAACAAACUAUGACUGGAAAUUGAACUGGUUUCCGCCAUGUGACGUUCGAGUUUCAGAUAUGGAUGAAGUUCCGUGGAACAGUUGAAGUUUUGAAUAAAGACAAGAGUUGUGAUCUACAAAUUGCUCCAUCAUGUCCUCCAUAAAGCAGCAGAGAAACAUUUGCGUUCUCCUUCCCAACAAACACCAGCUGGAGAUCACAGUCGGGCUGAAGGCUACUGGGCUAGACGUUUUCAACCAAGUGACAGAGCUUCUUGGAAUCAAGGAGAUGCACUUGUUUGGCCUCACUGUUGUGAGAGACAAUGAGCACAUAUUUUUAGACAUGGAGGAGAAGCUGGCCAAGUAUUUACCCAAAGAAUGGAAGCAGGAGUCUGGAAAGGGUUUAGAGAAAAGACCCUUGCCCCUGGUGCUCUGCCUCAAAGUGCAGUACUACGUCGAGAACGGCAGACUUAUUAGUGAACGCAAGGCACGCCAUCUGUACUACUCUGACCUGUGCGAGCGGGUGCUGCGCUCCGAAUGUCGUCAGCAGGAGGAGGUGUACUUCCAGCUGGCGGGUUACGCAAUGCAGGCGGACCUCGGUGACCACCAGCUGCCCAAGGAGGGGGAAGAGAGCGCCCCUUACUUCGAGCCAAAGGAGUACUUUCCCCCAUGGAUAAUAGCCAAGCGUGGACUAGAGUAUCUCCUCUGCCAUGGGCCCAAAGUGCACCAGGACCUGUGGGGCAUGUCGGCACGUGAUGCCGUCCUCCUCUUCAUCAGGGAAUCCUGUCGACUGGAGGACGUACCUGUCACGUUUUACAGACUACAAAAGGACAAGAAGGAAGAGAGGGGAACAGCAAUAUUUGGCCUGACCCUGAGAGGAAUGCAGGUUUAUCAGGAGGCAAACAACAUUCGACAGCUGCUGUACGACUUCCCCUGGUCAAAUGUGGGGCGCCUGACUUUCCUGGGAAAGCGAUUUGAGAUCCAGCCCGAUGGCUUGCCAUCAGCCAGGAAGCUCGUUUACUACACCGGGUCGUCGUUCCGCUCUCGUCACCUACUCCUGCACUUGAGCCGCAGCCAUCGCCUCUACCUCAACCUCCAGCCUGCUCUCAGACACCUUCGCCAGCUGGAAGAGGGCGAAGAGAAAAAGCGUUACAGAGAGUCCUACAUCAGCGAUGAUCUGGACUUAGAGCCACCAGGCAGCGAGAGCAGCCCCGGGUUGUCCCGCAUCUCCACCAGCAGCUCGGGCAUUGAAGCAGACGCUUGCCAGCCCAGCAUCUCUGCAGAGAUGACCUCCAUGGAGGAGGAAGCAGAACAGAGAGGGGAGAAGUGUUCCAGCUCCGCAGCCAGCCAAGUCAGCUCGUCCACAUCUGGCCUCGACAGCAAAGCCCAGACGGAGGAUGAGGAGUGGCAAGAGGAAGAAAUGAAGGUCGAUGUCAGACAGGAAGCUGUAGUUGAUGAUCCAGAUGAGAUGUUCCAGCUGGCUGAUCUUCUUAAGGUUGUGUCUGUGGAUAGCACACUCUCCUCGGAAACUCAAUCACCAGAGAGCAAAUUAUACUCUGAAGAUGAAGAUGGCAGCAGUGUUCUUAAACAGACGGUGGAAGCUCGGUCACAUGCUUGUGUGGACCGGCACAGCCACAGUCUUGACGAUGUUCGUUUGUUCCCACCUCAGGCACCCUUGGGGACCACACUGUCCACUGAUUCUUCACACAGCUACACCUUCGGCCUCUCGGACACAAACUCAAAGGCGCUGGUGGAUCAUGACUAUUACCCUUUUUUGCACUGCCAUGCCAAACCUUCCUUCAACGGUCGCAGGUCUACCAACUGCUUGUCUCUGGACCUGUUGGCGGACGAGCAGUACUUGGAGUUUAUUCUGUGAACAUUUGUGCCAUUUUUUUAUGUGGCCAAGGUGACACAGACGGGACACCUCAUUUCUAACUUGUAAUUGUCUAAAUGAAGUCACACAGACCACAUUAAGCAACAUUUCUUUGUAAACGGUGUAUUUAUUGAUGAUGUUCUAUAUUUUGUACAUACAUCUUGCACUAUUUUAUGAUAUUUCAGCUUCUCUGUGCAAAAAGUAUUUCGAUCAAGCGAGUGGUGUUUUUGUGUGUGUGCAUGCAAUCUCUUGAGAGGUUGCUAUUGAUGACAAAACAGGUUUCAAUUUUGUUGAUACGUUUCCAUUUAACCUAUUACUUUACUCCAGCAGAACACUUAAGAUGAACUUUUUAUUGGCUGAGAAUAUACAGUAGCCGCUCCUCAUUUUUUUGUAAUCAUGUUAUAUUACAUUCUCUUUUUGUACAUUGUGUUCGGUCAUGCUUUUACUAUUAUUCUGUCACAGCAGAUGUAGCUACUGGUGUGGAAAACGGAACUCCUUCACAGCUCGUGAAGCAUUCAUCCAAAGUCUCUACGUGCUUAAACUCUUCGACUGUUUUUAUGAUUACAACAGCGUUCUUUUACAAAGGUCUAUUUCUGUACGUUUAUAAUGAAUCUGCAGUAUUUUUUUAUAUUAUGUAACCGCCAAACAAAGAACCUUUCUGUCAAGUUAUUUUUGUUCCCAGGACAUAUUUUCACUGUUUUGUAAACUCUAAUUAGUAUGCAAAAGAACUGCAGGCAGCAUGAGCUCACUGGGAAGGAAUGUUAGUGAUUAAACACUUAACUCAGUUCUGACAAUGUAUGAACAACCCGCUGGUUAUUCCCAGCGUGGAUGUAUUUUUUUAUUUUAAAACACUGUUUUUUAAGAUAGAGAAUAAAUUUGACUACAUUAUAAAUGUUCAGAAUUGGACUUUAUUUUUUUGUUACAGUAACUGUGACUAAUAUUUCCUUACAUGUUUUUUGUUUAUUUCAGUUUUUUGUAGGUCAGCUGUGGUAUGCACAGAAUGUGCCUCAAUCGUAUAAUAGCAGACUGUGGGUACCUCUUUCAUGUUUUUUAUAUUCAUACUGGACACAUUACUCUUUUAUUAUUGUCCCCACCAAAGAUCUGCUGACCUUACAUGGAGCCCACCCAUAAAUAGCUCUUUUUCCCCCAAUUCUGGACAGCUCUGGUCAUGUUAUGGCUGUCUGUGAAGAUGGGACCCCCAGGAGAACUUUCCAAACAAGGUCUUCUCCAAUAGUCUCAGAUGUCUUUAGAUCAGGGGUUUCAAACUCAUUUUAGAUGGGGGGCCACAUGGAGAAAAAUCUACUCCCAAGUGGGCCGGUCUGGUAAAAUCACGGUACGAUAACUUAAAAAUAAAGACAACUGUAGAUUGUUUUCUUUGUUUAAAAAUAGAACAAGCACAUUCUAAAAAUGUACAAAUCAUAAUGUUGUUGGGGUUUUUUUACACUUACAUGUUGCGGUUAAUAGUAUUCUAUCU